AUGUCAAGCUUCCCCACAGAUGAGUUCACCAACGAUCUGGAUGGACAGGUUUUGCUCUUGAAUGUGCUCCCUUCAGCGGGUCAGACUAUUUAUGCUUGCUGCUGGUCCAGUUCAUGGCAAGGAAACAGGAAGGCCGACCGGAGCAGUGAUCAUGGGGUGGUAAUGCAUGCAAACUACCGAACCCAGGCCAUCCGACAGAAACCUGCAGGAUACUUAACACGCGAGCUGAUCUGGUUGGAUGCACGCGCAGCAUCUUGA